AUGUCUCGGAGCCCCUCCGGCAGCUCUGUGGAUGACAAGACGUUUUUCCUGGAGUACCGAUGCCACCCAGUACGGCCGGAGCCCCCCAGCCCGACCUCCCCCCCCGGGAAGUGCAGUUUCGCCACGGCACCCGCCGCCGCCUCGCUCCCACCAGUGGGUUCUCCCACCUCGGCCGAGCCCCGCCGCAUCGUCCUCAGCACAGACAGCCCGGCCGCGCUGAAGGUGGGAACCCAGCAGCUGAUCCCCAAAAGCUUGGCUGUCUCCACCAAGACCAGGAACAACCCCUCCCGGCAGCAGAGCGUCGGGGUGAGCCGAGAGCCCCUGAGCCCUAACCCGAAACAGGCGGCUGUCCCCGGCCUUCCCCUGGAGGUGGAGGAUGACGGCGGGGGGGCCCUCAAGCGCAACCUGAGGAACAUGUCCUACCGCGCGGCCAUGAAGGGCCCGGGCGCGGAGCCGGAGCCGGCGAACGCCGUCCCCUCGCUGAAACCCGUGUCGGAGGAGGGCAGCGCCCUGCCUGCCCGCAGCCCCGGCAGGAACAAGAGAACCUUUGGGCGGAGGAGGGUGCAGAAGCGUGGCGGCUCGUUCAAGGACCAGCCCCAGCUGUAUCAGGAAAUCCGUGAGAGAGGUCUGAACUCUGUCAGCCAUGAGUCAGAUGAGGAUUUGCUGGAGGAAUCCAUCCCCGGAGAGCCGUCCCCUCCGGGUGCAGCUAUCGUGGUGCAGAGCUAUCGCCCGGCGCAGGUGACCUGGAGCCAGCUCCCGGAGGUGCUGGAAGCGGGCAUCCUCCAAAGGAUAUCCCCCGAAGAGCGCAAGCGGCAGGAGGCGAUGUUUGAGAUCAUCACUUCUGAGUACUCCUACAUGCACAGCCUGAGCAUCCUGGUGUGCCACUUCAUGAGGUCGGAGGAGCUGAAGGAGACCAUGACUCAGACGGAGCACCACCACCUCUUCUCCAACAUCAGCGACAUCCUGGCGGUCAGCACCAGAUUCUUUGAAGACUUAGAGAAGCGACACCAGGAAAACCUCCUAAUUCCCGACAUAAGCGACAUAGUGGAAGAACACGCCUCGAACCACUUCAAUCCUUACAUCAGCUACUGCUCCAAUGAAGUCUACCAGCAGAGGACACUUCAGAAGCUGCUAACCACAAACCCCUUAUUUAAAGAGACCUUGAAACAAAUUGAAAGGAAACCAGAAUGUGGAGGCCUGCCAAUGAUAUCAUUUCUCAUUCUCCCUAUGCAGAGGGUAACACGGCUUCCUCUGCUGUUAGAUACGGUCUGUCAAAAAACAAAAGCAUGCACUGCAGCGUACGGAGCUGCCACCAGAGCUCUGAAAGCCAUCAGCAAGCUGGUUAAGAACUGCAACGAGGGAGCUCGUGCUAUGGAGAGGACAGAGCAGAUGUACACCCUGCAGAAACAGCUGGAAUUUGGAAAGAAGAAGCCUUUCCCGCUGAUUUCUGCUUCCCGCUGGCUGCUGAAGCGGGGGGAGCUCUACCUGCUGCUGUCGGAAGAAGCGGGCAUCUUCCGCCGAGGGGCCGGCAGGCUCUGCUACCUCUUCUUGUUCAACGACGUCCUGAUCAUAACCAAGAAGAAGAGCGAGGAGAGCUACACCGUCGUGAACUAUGCCACGCUGGACCAGAUCACGGUGGAGAAGAUCGAGAACGCGGACCCGCCUUCCCCUCCUCCCGGCAAGACCGGGAGCGGCAGCACGGCCCGCGGCACGGCCGGCGGGCAUCUGCUCCGGGUGGUGAUGGAGAAAGACAGCGAGGGCAGGCGGGAGGAGAUCGUGCUGUCGGCAGAGACGCUGAGUGACCGGGCCCGGUGGAUGGCUGCGCUGAUGCACAGAGAAAAGGAAAAGCCUGACACCACUCCUAAAGGAGAUCUGAGCCAAGUGGAGAUAACCCGCGCCUGCCUGGCUAAAGAGGCGGACGAGAUUUCCCUGCAGCAGGCUGACGUCGUCCUGGUGUUGGGCGGAGAGGACGGCUGGUGCUGGGGGGAGAGGCUGAGGGACGGUGAACGGGGCUGGUUUCCCCAGUCCUGCGCCCGGCAGAUCACCAGCCGCGCGGCGGUGGAAUGCAACGUCCGCCGGAUGGAGCGGCUGCGGAUAGAGACCGACGUGUAG